CACACAUAGAUUCACCAGCAACAGUUUCCUCAAAACGCCUAUUUGGAUCGUGAUGUGCGGUAAAAACAUGAACUAAAACUGUCAUGGUUCAAACCAGUGGUUAUUAAACCGGAUAAAACCGGACUGUCCGACCGAGAAUAGGUGCGAAAUGAUUUUCACUCCUCUCAUUCGCGCUCUACCCCAAAUUUCUGUUUUCCCCCCAAAUCAUUCAACCGAAAUCGAAACCUCAAGCCCUAAUUCCCAAUUUUCUCCUCUUCAUUUUACACUUUUCUUCUUCUUUCAAAGCUUCUCAGUUUCCAUUUCUAGCGACUAAAGACUGGUUCACUACGCUCAGCUUCAGAACUCACGUUUAUUUAUUUGCAGUUCUCCCUUUGGAUGAGUUAAAAGAAAGUGUGAUAGCUGCAAGGUGGAGGUUAGGAUGGCAAAGUACUAUGAUAUUGAUGACAUUAUGGUGGAGGAAGAGAUUGUGUCGGUGAUAUUUCAGAAGUCGGCAUCUGGAGUGGGAAUAGAUCCAAGUUCUGAGACGGACCUUAUUGAAGCAGGCUCAAAAGUUGAAUUGCCUUUUUGGCUUGCUCAUGAAUUACAGUUGAGACAAGCAGUAUCAGUAAAUGUUCCCCCUUGUUUCAAUCAAAAAACAAGGCUAGAGAUCCAAGCUGAUUCUGCAUCUGUGGAUCUCAAGUCUAGAUGUCCAUUCUUUUAUGAAUUUGGUUGCAAGAUAGCACCCAUAGUUGGCGACCGGACCAUUGGGUUUCUGUUAUUAUCUGCAUUUAAGAGUAGGUACAAGGAAGUCCUCACGAAGGCACAUACUGCAGCAUUUGCAACUGGCUCCAAAUUUUGGACUAUUCUGACAAAAGAAGAGAUCAAUUUGUAUGAGGUAGCUCAAUCUGCAAUGGCAUCCUUCAAGAAGUGGCGAAUGGGGGGGCCCAGAUUUCAGAUAUCUAAUGUUCUGGGAAGAAAGAGAAAAUCAACUGAAUAGUUGCUUUCUAACCUUAUCAGUUAUUAGUGUUUGGAACCUGCUAAUUGCAAGAUGUUUAGAAUGGACAAAAAAUGUUGAAUUAUACAUGUUGACCUUGUACACUUAAUACAAUGUGUUGUAAUUUCAAAUUAAUGUUUUAUGUUUAUGACUAGGGAAACUUGUGCACUGAAAAAAGUGAAAAAUAUGAAAUAAAACCUUGUGGAUAUGUUGUGUUCUAUGAAAAGCCAGACCCAGAUAUUUUUCUUGACCA